CUGUUUUGCCCGAGCAUCAGGCAAUCAAAUAAUCUUUAAGAAACAAGUCUUAUCACCGCCAGCAUCUCUCUCUUUUAAUCUCCGCACAUACUCUGCGUGUAGAGUUAUCCCCAUACUACAGACUGAUAAAACAAUCUAAGCCCCACGUAUAAACACUGCGCUUCUUCCACGACCCCGCCAAAUGAAUGGAUCGAGCUUACCCUCGGAGGAUGUGAAAAUAUGCUACAGGAUUUGAAUGUCAGCAUGUCUGCCUGUGUUGGUUCCCGAAUUGUGUCUAAUGUGUACAAAGAUGGAUAAAUUGGACAUACUCCCCACUUUAUCUGGUCUCGUUCAGAUUGCAAGCUGAUUGCCAUCAUAAGAGUGCACGGCUAGUUGAGUAAUUUAAAAAACGUUUCAGGAUGGCACCCAUAUCCAGUGUAGUACUUUUAGUUUUCUCGAUAACGACUACAGUGUCUGGACAACUCACCACCAAUUUCAACUUGACAGCCGACAUGGAUCCGUUAGAAGAAUCCAUCCUCACUUCCAUCUUACGAAGCGUCGACGAAAAAUUUGAAUCCCUAAGUACCCGAAUAAACACGAUGGAACGGGGAUUGAAUACUUUACAGUAUUACAACUUAAGGCAAUUCAGAACGGUCAACACCCAUCUUCACACAGUGGAUAAUUUAUUACAGAACCUCGGCACUCGUCUAGAGCAACAAGACAUUGGGAACGGGGAGCUAGCCACGUCGCUGUUGCUAAUAAAGCGAGAAGUCAAGAACGCCGCCAUGAUGAAUCAAGAGUCGUUUGACAAAAUGGCCGAACGAAUGGGGAGUAUGUCCCAUGAGCUUGGAAUGAAGGUUGCAUUAGUUGAAAAGUCUAUAAUCAAGGCCAUGAAUGAUACAGCGAUCCAGCAAGACGAAGUAGCUAGUGUUCUUCGAGAGAUUGUCGUCUCUGAACGAGACAGAACGAAGCAGAUUUGUUCGGAAUCUCUGGCCAAAGUGCAGACCAGGAUCGACGAUUUGGAGAACAUGACGAUUAACAAAAUAGCGAACUUUGAGAAUGCGACGAUGAGUGUGAUAAGCAAUAUGAAUGUGACAAUCGAUCCCGUGAACGUUGAUAUAAAUGCAACCGCAAGGAGGUUGCUAGAAGAGAGACUACAAGAGUUUAAUGAUAACGUUUUGGAUUCGAUACGAUUCUACAGACACACUGGUGAUCUGGUGGAACGCAUUGUCGGAGCGACGGAAUCUGUAGCAGACGAUCAGGUCAAAUUGCGCGAAGACAUCAAACAUUUCCUGGAACUGCAGGUAAAUCUGACGAUUGGAUACGUACAGAAUGCUGAAAGACAAGACGACAUCAGUAACGUGAUACCUAAUGAUGUUAAUGACAUUAUUGUUGAGAAGUCGACUAAGAAUUGUGAAAUAACUUCGGCAGUAAUGGAAGAAAUUCAACUCAUGUACAGAAACGGAUCCCAGGUGUUAGAUGUGAUCGCUGAAAUGACAAGAUCGUCUCAGAAUGAACUAAAAACCACGAUACAACAGCUUAAUAACGAAGUGUUCAAACUCCAGGAAAUAAGGAGCGAAGAAGAGACUCCGCAUCCGGAAAUGCUUAGUGGACAAAUUGAUUUCCAUUUGGAGGAGAUUUCGAACAACACGAGGGCGGUGUUUCAUAUCGUAGAAGCCAUUGCAUCCAACACUGGUUGGAUUCCCUACAUCUUUUCCAACUUACAGUUUCUUGAGAAUCAAAUCAACCAGACUUUGGUUACGGCGAAAAUGGCCUUCCGGUCAGCCUCGCUUCAGAAUUCCAAAACCCCUUACACUCUCAAGGACCAAGGUUACCAAAAUGGUCCACAUCUGUCAGACGAUCCCAAUCUUAUGUCUAGCACUCCAAGAAAUCAAGACACGAAGACCUUCUCUGAGAAGGAUGUAGAAUCUGCUGAAGGUUGGCUGAGUCUCAACCAGACGAUGGAGCUACAGACUCGGUUUGAAUUCGUGUACGAGACGAACAAAAGAGUCAAUCGUAUACUUCCAGCUUUGACUCGACUUCUAGGAGAGCCAGAAACACGCCAGUCUCACGAGCCCUUUGUUGUAAUGGUGGACGGAAGCAGUGAGUAUGAAGGUCGAGUCGAAAUCUACCAGAAAGGCCGCUGGGGGUCGCUUUGUAAACCCUUGAGUCAUGUCGAGGCUUCUUACAUAUGUCGUCACCUUGGAUACCUCGGCGGAAUUGCGUCAGAGCCCGGAUAUUUCGGGGAAGGAAGCGGAGUGUUCUGGAAAAUGAAUUUUACCUGUUUGUUGUCAAGACAAUGCUCCAUAGCUAGACCUGUUUUAGAUUCCAGUUUAUGUGAUCAUAAAUACGACGCAGGCGUGAUUUGUGAUAAUAUGAUUCGACUAUGGUUCGAGUCCAAGGAUGACUUGAAGGUAAAAAGAAAUACAGGCUUUCUUGAGAUCCACCACCGCGAGGAGUGGAUCCCAGUCUGCAGUGAUAACUGGACCGAAAACAACAGCAAGGUGGUGUGUCAACAGCUAGGCUACAACGGCGGUAUGGCCACGCCCCCUACCGAAGAGGUCAUGACCUAUCAUCCGGACACGUCCGUUUUCUAUUCGAAUAUUACUUGUACCGGAAGUGAGAAGAGAUUGACAGCGUGCGAGUCUGCGCUGAAGGUGAAUGGCUGUUCCUCUAAACUCCCUGUGUUCAUUCAAUGUAUACAAUGAAAUUAAGGUUAAAGGUUACAUGGUUAUACUUUUUUUAAAAUCAUAAGAGGCAUGUCCAGUGACAGGCAUAAGCACUUCUCUGCAACUUGUCUACAGUAUUAAUUUUACAAAUACCAUUUGUGAUGUUAUUUAAACCAAUAUGGUUGUAUUUUAAAACUUCCUUGUUGGGGAAAAGUUCAUACAUUUUUUUUAAAGUUGUUUUUCUUCUUUUUUGUUGUUUGUGAAAUUUUUAUGCAGUAAAAGAUCGCAAGCAUAAUGCUUAUUCUUUUGCAAAAUCGUAAUGCAUUGUAAGCACUGGCCUCUGGAUUAUAAUGAUUAUUAAUACUUGGUGUUAUAUUGGCAUGAGUAAUCAACUACAUGUACAUUGUACUGAGCUCGAUAUAAAAGAUCCGUUUGUAAUUCGUCAAUAUUUGUAAUAUAUAUUCAAGUACGUUUGUAUAAUUAAACGUACAUAUAUUAUUGACAAAGAUUUGGAUAUUAGACAAGUGAAUGUGAAAUGAUGGGACAAUUGAUAAAGCAGUCGACACUUACUCAAAAGAACCUUAGCGAUUAGUGUUUGUGUUGAAAAUGUUUUUUUUUACAUCAAAACUUUCAAUCGGCCCUGUUAGUUAGACAUUCGUCUCGAAAAAUAUUUGACUUGUAUUGUUUGAUGUUUUUCAUUAUUUUGUUUAUGGAGAAAAAAGGUGGAGCUAACUGCCAGAAUGUAUGGGGUUUACAAGUAAUACAGUCAUGCAUUUUUCUCUAAAAGUUUACAGUUUGAUUAAGUUAGAUUAAUUGUUGGAGAUAUUCUAGAAUCACAAUCAUGAUAUUCAUACACACAUACUUUGAUUUUAUAAAUUAAUUUUGUUAAUUAGGUAUUAUUUAUAAGAAAAGUGAAACAUUCUAGACUUUAUCUUGUUUGUCUGUCUUGACACUUGUGUUUGAACAUCAAAAUUAAAAUUCCUAAAAUACAAAUUUUCAAGCUAAA